AUGCUCAACUUCGUUAUCGGCGUCGUGAUGAUGAUGGUGUCUUUCAUCAUGAGCGUGAUUGGAUCCACUUCGGACGUUGACUCGGUUCUGGUCUUCGUCUGCUGGCUGGUCGUGACCGCUAUUGAGUACAUGGCGCUCGCAGUCUACCUCGACUACAGGAACACGUUCCCAAAGGUGACGAAAGAAGUUGAGGACGUUGACGACAGGGAGCUUGAGAUCGAUGAAGACGUCAAGAAAGAAGUCAAGUCAAGGCAGUUGUUUCAUUGCCAGAAUAUACGAUAUGUGUAG